AUGGUGCUUGCACGAUAUUCAUAUGUCUUUCUCUGUUUAGUGUGCUGUGUGUCAGCAGAUGAAUGGUCCGAUCUCGAGAAUGAUCUAGUCACCGAUUUGGCACCAUUAAUAUCCCUCUUUGGCGAACAAGUUACUACUCAAUGCAUGUCUGAGUUAAUCACUGCGCUAGAUGAUUAUAUAUUUGCCUUGGCACCAAUAGGGAUCUUGACAGCACUGGUAUCUUUGAUCCGGAUAUGCGGCAACUCAACCCUUCGCGCUUUUAUUGGAAGGGCUUCGGAAGAUCCGGGCGAUUCUGAACUAGAACUGCUCUCAUGUGUAUCUGACACGACUGCUGAGGUUUUUACCGAAUCCGGGGUUGCUAGGAUAACAGGCAAUCCCAAAAUUCUAGAGGUUGUGGCAAAUGAAAGCGGGACUGUAACUGUUCAAAAAGUGAGCGAACUAGAGGGGAAACGCUGGACAGAUCUUGAGAAAGAUGCCACUCUGCCAAACCUAUCUUUGAACAAAGGUAUAAAGAGACGUGCACCGUUUUGGUUUCAUUUGGCCGCUCUGUUUGGUACUAUCUUGCAAUUAGACAAUGAAGGAGUCAUUAUUUAUGCUGCCCUCACGGUCUUCAAGUGGCCGGAAUUCUUUUUGAAAGAUGGGGCCCGAGCAAAUAGUUAUGCCUUUCCCAUGUUUGCGAUAGGAACUGCUAUACUCACACUGGGCAUGUUUUUCUGUGCUCUCCUACUGGAAAGGUUUUCGAAGAAGCGUUUUCUCACUCUUCCGAAGGAAAGUAGAGUGUACUGGAUUCAACCUGGAAAUCAGGGGGUAGGCGAUCAGAAGUUGCCUUCCUUCGUGGGCCAGACGGACAAGGGUGCCCAUUUCACCCGGUCUGUGAGACAUCACUCACCAGAUGAGGUUCUUAACAUUAUAUUUCAUCUAUUUACGAUUCGGUCGUUCAGAAUUCGUUCUGUUUCAAGUUUGCCAAUGCAAGAACCACAGCCGCAGUCUGAUUCGGUUGUACGAGAGUCGUUAAUUGUCCGCGAGAAGCUGACAAAGUUGGCCGGCUCACACUGGAAUAAGACCCCUGCCCGCAAGCUGGCACAAAAUUUAGGGCAAGCAACACAGGAGCUAAUGAAACUCAUAAGCUCUUGGUCUGACAAAGAUGUGACAUAUUUUGAUAUUGUCAUCCCACUUGAGCUUGAAAAAGAAGGUAGUCAGCAAACGAUACAAUAUGACAAGAAGAUGCGGUUAUCUAGCGGGGCCAAGGUGGACGUUGAUCUCUGGGAAGCAAUCCUUGGCCUUUACGUCUGGUCUCUGCGACAAGCCAACCGUGAAAUGGGCGACGAACAUGGAAAUCAUUUCUUUCGAGCACUUGAAUCGAGAAACAAGAAUGCUCAUCAGGCACGGUUACUUUAUCAAAAGUGGACAAAUGACGAAUCAGCUUUACGUCAGAACCAAGCAGCACCCACAACUUUCCUUAAUGGUAGCAAUAAGUUCGGUAAAUUUGAUUACCGGACAGAGAACCCAGCAGACAGUGCAGCGUUAGUUGGAGUUUCUUGUGAUUUAUAUACGUUGGCUGCUCAAGACAUCUAUAUGCAUGUCCUCAGUUCAAUGCUUGAGUGGCUUUCUGAAAUCGGUGGCACGACGCAGAUUUCAGGCAAGGAGAAGAAAACCUACAGGUUAUCCAAUGAUCGCAUCGAAGUACUCACAGAAGGCUUUGUUAAAAGUGGUCUGGGGGAUCAAAGAGGAAGUGCGGUUUGCAUACUUUCGGUUCUUUCUGAUCGAGGAUUGCUACCGGAAAUCACAAUCAAAUCUGUUGAAGUCCAACAACAGUUGGGCGAACUUGAAAGCUUGAAUGACCAAGGAAUCUUCGGUAUAAGGGAAUGGCUGUGUUCUGUGGCUGAUUUUGAAGAAGUAGAGCACAUGUUAGUUGAAUAUGGAUACAUCUGCCUGAGGCAUAUCAUGAGCCGGUAUGAUACAGGAACACCGCUUGGUCUCAAAAAGAUUAUGUCUAUUUUGAAUGUGAAUCACAACAGCCAGCUACCAAACUCAAUAUCGAAAGAUCUGGCCAAUAUCUCGAGCAUCCCCGGGGCGGAUUGGCAGGAAAGAUAUAGAAAUGAAAUGUACUGGAUAUCAUCACGACUGCUUCGAAUUCAAGCCGCACACAGCCAUUCUGAUCAAGAUACGCUCUAUCUGAAUGAGCUAGAAAAACUAUAUGCUGUACAAUGUUCAAUGGAAGAAACGUAUACUGACCAGGAGGCCGCUUUGUCUUCCCAAUCGGCCCUUCUCGAUGUAUGGCUUGAACUGGUCACCAUGAAGUUGAGCAAUAACUACGUUCAGAUUAUUUUUGAUUGGCUUAUCAAAAACAAACAUCAUAAUAUCUUAGAAUGGUUCAUUAUGCGAAUGUUACUUGACACUUUUUCAAGCAACUUCCAGAACGUUUUGACGAUGAUGAUCACUUAUUCAGCGGCUAUAAAGUAUGAUAAACCCGUUGAGAUUUUGUUGCGGCAUAUUGACAGUUCCAACCUCCGAGCUCUUAUAAUAAUGCAAAUUGCGGUAUCAGGUGAUGUCCAAACACUUGAAUUCCUUCUAGGUCGCAAUUUAUCUGUCGGCUCAGGGGAGGAGCAUGAAGCUGCGCUUUUUGCUGCAGUAGAAAGAAACCAAUACUCUGUGGUUAAGUUCCUACUCGAGGGUGGGGUUAACGUCGACGCAAAAAGCAUCAAUGGCCAGACUGCAUUAAUGAUUGCUGCCGAGGGCGGCCACGUCGAGAUUACUUCGCUACUUUUCCAUCAUAAUGCAUCCUUGGAAAUACAUUCGGAAACAGGGAACACGGCUCUCAUACUAGCUACAACAAGUGGAAAGCUGAAUGUUGUUGAGCUUCUCGUCAAUAAAGGGGCAGAUGUUAAUGCCAUUGGCUUUAGGGGGAAAACGGCCUUAAUGGCCGCAACUCUUAAUCGAAACUUGCCACUUGUUAAGUACCUCUGUGAUCACAAGGCAGAUAUCCAAACUUUGGGCUACGAUCAAAUGAGUGUAUUGGACGUGGCUGCACAUGGAGACGAAUUUGAAGGUUCUUGGACGGAAGGCUACGAAUAUUUGGAAAGAUUGGGGGCAAAGCGGUAUUAUGAUACAAAGUACCGAGGCUAUUGA